GGUGUUUCGGCGACUCGGAGAUUGGAAUUGGGGGAUUUUGCUUUGCUUUCGCCCGUGUUGGAGGAAAGGGGUGGGCUACGGGCUAUUCCUCACCUAUAUUGGGCCGCAUUGGCUGAUAGAUUCAAGAUUUUGGGGGCAGCCAGCCCAACACACAGUUCUGGGGUUAAAGCCUGACGUCAUCCGCUUGCUUCCGUUCCGCCUCGCUUUCAUUUCUUUUCAUGGAGCGGCUCAAAUCGGCGGUGCCGGCCGAUAUCCGGCGAGCCGUCGGCGAGGGCACGGCCCGCGACCUCCCUUCCACCACCUCCCUCCUUCUCGAUUUCUUCGACGGCGUCCCUCUCUUCCACCAGGUCAUCAGCGAGCUAACCGACCCAGAGCUCGCGCUGUGCCGCAAAGACAAGGGGAGGGCGGUGGAGCUGAAGGGCCGGGGCAAUGCAUGCUUCUCCAAGAGGGAGUUCGAGCAAGCACUUGGGUUCUAUUCGCAGGCACUACGUUACGUACCGAUUAGUUCUGAUGGAAAUUAUGAGAUUUUGGUACCUACAUUAUAUGUCAACCGUGCCUCUACCAUGCAUAAAUUGGGCCUGCUGAAACAGUGUCUACGGGACUGCAACAGGGCCAUCUCUGUUUCAUCUAAUUAUGCCAAGGCAUGGUACAGGAGGGGAAUGGUAAAUGCAUCGUUGAAGAAGUAUUCAUCUGCCAUACAUGAUUUAAAGGUUGCAUUGAGCAUGGAAGUGACUUCUUCUGGAAAGAGCAACAUAGAGCAAGAGCUGAAGUUGAUUUUGCUGAAGCAUCGAAAUGUGAAUGAAGUUGGAAGAUCAAGCAGUGAUUGCCAGGAUGCAGGGUUGCCACAUACAGAUAUCAAUUGGCUAAUUGGCAGCAGAACCACAUAAAGUUGUUCUAGAGUGUGCCUCAACACCCAACAAAGGUAGAGGAAUGAUGUCUCUAAAUGUUAUUUCUCCAGCCUCAUUGAUUCAUGUUGAGGACCCUCUUGCUGCGAUUAUCAUUAAAUCUUGCCGAGAGACCCACUGCC